GGCCCGGCCCGGCCCGGCACCGCGCUCCCGCCGCCCGCCCGCACCCCCAGCUGCGCGCCUCGCCCUAAAAGCCCUUCCGUUUUGCGUUUCCUCCGGAUUUUUGCGUGCUUUCCCCGCCGUGCCGGGCAGCAUGGGGCUGCCGGCGCUGGAGUUCAGCGAGUGCUGCCUGGACAGCCCGCAGUUCCGGGAGCGGCUGCGCUCGCACGAGGCCGAGCUGGACAAGACCAACAAGUUCAUCAAGGAGCUCAUCAAGGACGGGAAGUCGCUCGUCGCCGCCCUCAAGAACCUGUCGGCCGCCAAGCGCAAGUUCGCCGAUUCCCUCAACGAGUUCAAAUUCCGCUGCAUCGGCGACGCCGAGACCGACGACGAGAUCUGCAUAGCCAAGUCCCUGCAGGAGUUUGCCACGGUGCUGCGGAACCUGGAAGACGAGCGGAUGCGCAUGAUCGAGAACGCCAGCGAGGUGUUGAUCACGCCGCUGGAGAAGUUCCGCAAGGAGCAGAUCGGGGCUGCCAAGGAUGCCAAAAAGAAAUACGACAAGGAGACUGAGAAAUACUGUGGUGUCCUAGAAAAACACUUGAACUUGUCUUCCAAGAAGAAAGAAUCCCAGCUUCAGGAGGCAGACAGCCAGGUGGACCUGGUUCGGCAGCACUUCUACGAGGUCUCCCUGGAAUAUGUCUUCAAGGUGCAGGAGGUGCAGGAGAGGAAGAUGUUUGAGUUUGUGGAACCUCUGCUGGCCUUUCUGCAGGGGUUGUUCACGUUCUACCACCAUGGCUACGAGCUGGCAAAGGACUUCAGUGAUUUCAAGACAGAGCUGACAAUCAGCAUCCAGAAUACAAGAAAUCGCUUUGAAGGAACCAGGUCAGAGGUUGAAGCUUUGAUGAAGAAGAUGAAGGAGAAUCCCCACGAGCACAAAAACAUCAGCCCUUACACCAUGGAGGGGUAUCUCUACGUGCAGGAGAAGCGUCACUUUGGCACUUCCUGGGUGAAGCAUUACUGCACCUACCAGAGGGAAUCGAAGCGCAUCACCAUGGUGCCCUUCGACCAGAAGUCGGGGGGAAAAGGGGGGGAGGACGAAGCUGUCACCCUGAAAUCCUGCACGCGGCGGAAAACAGACUCCAUCGAGAAGAGGUUCUGCUUUGAUGUGGAGGCUGUGGAUCGGCCCGGUGUCAUCACCAUGCAGGCGCUGUCGGAGGAGGACCGGCGGCUGUGGAUGGAGGCGAUGGACGGCCGGGAGCCGGUGUACAACUCCAACAAGGACAGCCAGAGCGAAGGCACUGCCCAGCUGGACAGCAUCGGCUUCAGCAUCAUCAAGAAGUGCAUCCACGCCGUGGAAACAAGAGGGAUCAAUGAGCAGGGGCUCUACCGGAUUGUCGGGGUGAACUCCAGAGUUCAGAAGCUGCUGAGUAUAUUGAUGGAUCCCAAGACUGCCACGGAGACAGACACAGAGAUCUGUGCAGAGUGGGAGAUCAAGACCAUUACCAGUGCACUGAAAACAUAUCUGAGAAUGCUCCCGGGGCCCCUCAUGAUGUACCAGUUUCAAAGGAGCUUCAUCAAAGCAGCGAAGCUGGAGAAUCAGGAGUCCAGGGUGUCAGAGAUCCACAGCCUCGUUCAUCGGCUCCCGGAGAAAAACAGGCAGAUGCUGCACUUGCUCAUGAACCAUUUGGCAAAAGUUGCAGAUAAUCACAAGCAGAACCUGAUGACUGUUGCUAAUCUGGGUGUGGUGUUUGGGCCGACGCUGCUUCGACCUCAAGAGGAAACAGUGGCUGCCAUUAUGGACAUCAAAUUCCAGAACAUUGUGAUUGAAAUUUUAAUAGAGAACCACGAGAAGAUAUUUAACACGGUGCCAGAGGCUCCGGCGUCGAACUCGCAGCUGCUGUUAUCGCGCAAGAAGAGCACGGAGGCGAAGCCGCCCUCGUGCAGCGAGCGGCCGCUGACGCUCUUCCACACGGCCCAGCCCAGCGAGAAGCAGGAGAACAGGAACAGCAUCAUCAACUCCAGCCUGGAAUCCGUGGUCUCUUCAAAUGUAAACAGCUUCCUCAACUCCAACAGCGCUCCCCAGCCCAGCCUGAACUCCAGUGAUCUUGAACUAGAAGUAAUUAAGCCCAACAGGCCAAAUUCCCUCCCUCAGAAUCCAAGCCCAACGUCACCCCUCUCACCGUCCUGGCCCAUGUUCUCUGCGCCAUCAAGUCCUAUGCCCACCUCCUCUACGUCCAGCGACUCAUCCCCCAUCAGCUCCCCGCUGCGCAAGGCCCGCGCGCUCUACGCCUGCAAAGCCGAGCACGACUCCGAGCUCUCCUUCACGGCCGGCACCGUGUUCGACAACGUGCACCCGUCGCAGGAGCCCGGCUGGCUGGAAGGGACCCUCAACGGCAAGACAGGACUGAUCCCCGAGAACUACGUGGAGUUCCUAUAA